AAACGCAAACAAGAAUCGAAAAUCUGUUCUUCCUUUUCCAUCUCUCUCGAUUCUCUGGUAAAAGUGGUGAAGAAGAAGAAGAAGCAGGAGGAGGAGGAGAAGGAGGGGAGUUUUGCGUCUUCAUCCGAGCCUCUGAGAGCUUCUUCGACGAUGCUACCUGCGUCCAUCUUCGCUGCGUGCGUGAGACGAUACCAUUGAUUCGAAGCCGGUGCAAUCCUCCCCUCCGCGAAGCGAGCCGCCCUCCUCCUCCUCCCUAAUCUCCCGGAGCCACACGGAUCGCGCGCUCCCUCUCGAUUCGUGUCGAAGAUCGGGGCGGGGCCGGAAUCGGAUCAGAUCCACAAACUGGAGCAAGAGAUAUCCAUAAAACAUAAAAAUGUCAUUGAUUAAGCGCAUAACUCCAUUUUUUGCUGCUCGGAUUCGAGAGAACCAUAGGCUUUUGAGCUCUUCUGCUUCAGCACUUCGUGAAGCUUCUUCCUCGCCAUUGCCAUCUCCUGAUGACGUACACCUAACUGACAGUUGCAUUCAGAGAAUGAAAGAACUGCAGGCGAGUGAAAGAUCCUGUACUGAGAAACUGCUCCGCUUGAGUGUAGAAACUGGUGGAUGUUCGGGGUUCCAGUACGUUUUCGAUUUGGAUGACAAAGCGAAUUCAGACGACAGGAUUUUUGAGAGAGAAGGAGUUAAACUUGUUGUAGACAAUAUUUCAUAUGAUUUUGUGAAAGGGGCAACUGUUGACUAUGUUGAAGAGCUUAUCCGUUCAGCUUUCCAGGUAACUACAAACCCAAGUGCAGUGGGAGGGUGUAGCUGCAAAAGUUCUUUCAUGGUAAAACAGUAAUCCUCACAUUUCUCGCUCUCCACUGACAUAUAGUCAGUUCUCGAGAAAAUUUAGCGUUCCUCGAUUACUAUGUGCCAUCGAGUCAUUUGUUGUAAAGUUGGACACAGGAGUUAACAGACUCUUGACACUUAACAGGUGUAAUGCUACUCAUUUGUAAGUUCUAUAACUGAGCCUGCUUUUUGGACUUUUGACAAAUUUUUUUUUGACGAU